AUGUGGUCAGUUGGAUUACUGUGUGUUGGGGCAGUGCUUGCCAUUGGCAUCACUCACUGGAUAUACAAAUGGAGGAAUCCCAAAUGCAAUGGAGUUCUUCCUCCUGGUUCAAUGGGCAUCCCUCUUAUUGGGGAGGCUAUUCAGUUAAUCAUUCCUAGUCAUUCUCUGGAAUUGCCACCUUUCCUAAAACAUAGACUGAAAAGAUAUGGAUCAAUCUUCCGAACAAAUGUGGCAGGACGGCCUGUCAUUGUAACAGCUGACCCUGAAUUCAACUAUUUUCUACUUCAGCAGCAUGGGAAGUUGGUUGAAUCGUGGUCUUUGGACACAUUCGCAAAAGUCUUUGCACAAGACUCUAGGAUUGAUCGCGCUCAUGUUCAAAAAUAUGUGAGAAGCUUGGUCUUGAAUCACUUUGGUGCAGGGUCCAUCAGAGAGAAGCUCCUCCCUCAGUUUCAUGAGGUGGUUCGCGAAACUCUUUGUGCCUGGUCAAGGCAGGACUCCCUUGAGAUGAAAAGUGCAGCCGCGAAAAUGACUCUAGACUUCGGUGCAAAGCAGCUAUUUAGCUAUGAUCCUGAAGAGUGGCCUGAGAAGCUAAGUGACUUGUUCAAAAAUUUCGAACAAGGUCUGAUGUCCCUUCCCUUGAACAUCCCCGGUACUGCACACCAUAGAUGUUUGAUGAAUCACAAAAAGGUCUCAAACAUGAUGAGGGAUGAGUUGAGGAGGAGGCUCGCGUCAACUGACAAGAGGCAUCAAGAGGACUUGCUUGAUCAUUUCAUUCGUGACAUGAACACCGAGCAGUUCUUGGCAGAGGAUUUCAUUGUUCAGCAUAUGUUUGGCUUUUUAUUCAUCAUCUUUGAUUCUGUUUCAACAUCAAUUGCACUAGCAAUAAAGUUACUUGCAGAACACCCUUUGGUGUUGGAGGAAUUAACUGCUGAGCAUGAGGCAAUCCUUAAAAACAGAGAGAAUCCGGAUUCCCCAAUCACAUGGGAGGAAUAUAAAUCAAUGACAUUCACACUACAGGUUAUCAAUGAAACUCUUAGGUUGGCAAAUAUUGCACCAGGGAUGUUUCGAAAAGCAAUAAAGGAAAUCAAUGUAAAAGGAUACACAAUUCCUGAAGGAUGGGUAAUUAUGCUUGCCACUUCUGCUCAACACUUGAACUCUGACAAAUUUGAGAAUCCACUCGAAUUCAAACCAAGCCGUUGGAAGAACCUUGAGUCAUCUGUUAUAGCAAAGAACUUCAUGCCAUUUGGAUCAGGCCUGAAGCAAUGUGCAGGUUCAGAAUAUAGUAGGGUGAUUAUUGCCACCCUUCUCCAUGUGUUGGUCACAAAAUACAGUUGGACAAAAAUCAAUGGAUGCGAGAUCAUGCGAUCUCCUAUUAUAAGAUUUCCAAAUGGAUUUCACUUCAAAGUCUCCGAGAAGAUUAAUUGA